AUGCAACAACUAUGAGCUCCCAAAAGAGUGAAAUUCGCACCGAAAGUAGUCGUCCUGUAGUCACAAACAACGUCAGCAAUCCGACUGCAGCAAUGGCGGCGACGGCACUGGCUAUUACGACCACUACAUCCAGCUUCAGCUGCUGUCCGGCGAACGGUGAAAGCUCGUCGAUCGAUGAUUCGAUCGAGCUGAACGAUAGUCAGGAAGGUGGCAACAACAACACGAUGUACCACAACGGGUUGCUCGAGAAGCAGGACUAUCACUUCCCGAAGCGCCCACCGGUAGAUAUCGUGUUUCGUGACAUUCGCUACGAGGUGAAGCACUUCAACAUUGCCAAAGCCAAGUUCGAAACGAAAGAAAUUCUUCAUGGCAUUAAUGGUGCGUUUAAGUCGGGUGAGCUGACAGCAAUCAUGGGCCCGUCGGGAGCGGGCAAAAGUACGCUGCUUAACAUCAUGGCAGGUUAUGUAUCAUCCGGUGUGAGUGGUAUGGUGCAGGUGAACGGAAAAAGCCGGUCCCACAACUCGGAAAGCUUCCGGAAGCUGUCCUGCUACAUCCAGCAACACGAUGCCCUUCGACCCUGGUUGACGGUGACGGAGGCCAUGACCUGUGCCACCCAUCUGAAGCUCGGAUUUGGCAUUUCGAUCGCCGAGAAGCGCAAACUGAUCGAGAAGAUUCUGUUUAUGCUCGGGUUGGAGCAGAAGGGCAACACACCGACGAUGGGACUGUCGGGUGGACAGAAGAAACGGCUCGCUAUCGCACUGGAGAUGAUCAGCAAUCCACCAAUACUGUUUCUGGACGAGCCCACUACCGGGCUGGAUAGUUCGUCAUGUGCACAGUGUAUAUCGUUGCUGAAGCGGCUGGCACAGGAUGGGCGCACGAUCGUCUGUACGAUUCACACACCGAGCGCGUUACUGUUCGAGAUGUUUGAUCAGCUGUACACGGUGGUACAGGGCCACUGCUUCUAUCAGGGACCGACGAAGGAGAUGCUACCGUUUUUGGGCGAUCUUGGCUAUCACUGUCCCAGCUAUCACAAUCCAGCUGAUUUUAUGAUGGAGAUUGCGGUCGGCGAGUACGGUGCAGAUGUUGGUAAGGUGAUCAAGGCUGCGCUCAAGAAAUAUUACGAAAUCAGCAGCCGCUGCAUCGAGCUGGACUCGACGUUCGACGAUAACGUAAAAAUGAUGGAAACAUUCUCGAUCGGUGGCAAAGCGGAAGAGGUGUGCAAGCUCCAGAAACAGAACGAUGCGAUGGACAACUCGUCGUACGAAGAGGAGGACAUCUUCUCGAAAACGAAACCUGCAUCGCUAGUGAUGCAGUUCCUGUUACUGUUCUACCGGAACUUGCUGAUGACACGGAGGAACUAUUUUCUUCUAUUCUGCAGAAUCUUCGCACAUGCCACGGUGGCAACACUGUUCGGCUAUCUUUACAGUGGCGUUGGCCCUAACGCGAAUCAAGUGCUCGCGAACUAUGUGUACCUUUACGGAUCGAUGCUUAUGAUGGUGUACACCGGAAAGAUGGCCGUCGUACUCUCUUUUCAAAUCGAGAUGGAAUCACUGAUGAGAGAGCACUUCAACCGUUGGUACAAGCUGGGUCCAUACUUCCUGUCCGUGCUGGUUCUUGAAAUCCCGGUGCAGAUCUUUUGCUCUCUAAUCUACGUGGUGAUCAGCUACCAUCUAACGGGCAACUACGUGAACUUCGAGCGCUUCUGUAUAUUCGCGCUGUUCUGCGUGGCCGGUUCGAUCUGUGCCCAGUCGUGGGGUUUCUUCGUUGGAGCAACACUCUCAGUUAAGCUUGCCGUCUUCAUUGGACCAAUCCUGGCGGUACUAUUCUCCGUGUUUGGCUUCUGCACACGAUACAUCGACAUUACGCCCGUUUUCAAAUGGAUGUGGCACAUCAGCUACUAUCGGGCGAGCUUCCACGGCAUUCUCAACUCGGUGUACGGCAUGAACCGGGACGAUCUGCACUGUCCGGAGACGCAGAUCUACUGCCACUUUAAAAAUCCCGUCCUGUUCCAGAAGGACAUGGACAUCGAGCACGUGGACAUGCAGUCAAACUUUGUGCUGAUUAUGCUGAUUAUUAUUACGAUGUACAUUAGCACGGUGUUUGUGUUGUGGUACAAGCUUAACAAGCGGCCGUACACAGUAGAGCAGUAUGUUAAGCAAUCGUACGAAAUGAGCACCAGUCCGGUGGAUCCCGCUGGAGAAGCAUCCUCCACCGGGGUUGGAAGUCGUCGCGCCGGUGCACCAAACCUCGAACCCUUGCACAUACCCGCUGUUCCGGCCGUGGAGCAGGAAAUCGCGGCUCCAUCGUUGAUUGCCGCACGGCUCUUCAAACCGGUCACCGUCAGCUUCAAGAACCUGUCGUACUCGGUACGCAAUGGAAUAUUUCGCAAAGGUCGGGACAUACUGAAAGAUAUCAGCGGAGAGUUCCGGGCCGGGGAACUAACCGCCAUCAUGGGACCGUCCGGUGCGGGCAAGAGCACCCUGCUGGAUAUUUUGGCCGGCUUUACUGAGGGCGGUUUCACGGGGGACAUUCUCGUCAACAAGCAGGCCCGCGAUUUGAAACGGUUUCGACGCCUCUCCGCCUACAUUAUGCAGGAUCAUGAUCUGCAGCCCCAUCUGACCGUACUGGAGGCGAUGCACUUUUCGGCCAAUCUCAAAAUCGGAGCCGAACUCAGCCCAGCGAGUAAGAAAAUUCGCAUGAACGAAAUUCUCCGUGCGAUCGGGCUGUACGAGGCGAAGAAAACGCGCACCGGAAGGUUAUCCGGAGGUCAGAAAAAGCGACUAGCGAUCGCGCUGGAAAUUGUGAACAAUCCGCCGGUAAUGUUUUUCGACGAACCGACGAGCGGUUUGGACAGCUCCACCUCGACACAGUGUGUUGCACUGUUGAAGCAGCUGGCCCGCGAAGGUCGUACGAUCAUCUGCACGAUCCAUCAACCGUCUGCACUGCUGUUCAACAUGUUCGACCAUCUGUAUGCGGUAGCGGAGGGCGAAUGCAUCUACACCGGCGGUACGGGCAAUAUUGUUUCGUUCCUGAAAGAGCUCGACAUCGUCUGUCCAGAGCAUUACAAUCCCUCCGAUUACUUGUUGGAAAUAGCAACACACGACUACGGUCGCCUAAAUGAUAAUCUAGUCAGGAAGAUGAUAAAUGGCCAGAGCAACUUCUACCGCAAUCCGGAACCGUUCUCACCAUCGUACGAAAGCAAACUGAUGCCAAUCAAAGAAUCGUCCCCGGAGGGACCGAUGGUACUGCUAGAGAUGCCACUGUUUCCAGAGAAUGACACCAACCAGCGGCCAGUAUCGCCCGUGCUAGCCAAACCAAAGAAGCUCGCCAAAAAGUUGUCCUUCAAUCCGGAACGUUGGUGCGGACGGGACGAGAUCUACACGACCAGCUUCUGUAGACAGUUUUCGCUACUGUUGCUCCGCACCUUUCUCAUACUGAGUCGGGAUCGUUCGCUGAUGACGAUGCGGUUCGCGAUCCACUGUCUCGUGGCGCCACUGAUUGGGAUGCUAUACUUCGGCAUCGGGAAUCAGGCAGCACAGAUCUUCAACAACUAUAACUACGUGUUUUUCUCGAUCAUGUUUCUGAUGUUUACGGCAUUCAGCUCAAUGACAAUGGCUUUCCCGCUGGAGUUACCGAUUAUUACGCGGGAGCACUUUAAUCGGUGGUAUUCGUUACGAGCGUACUACAUCGCCAUGACGGUAGCGGACAUUCCGAUACAGCUGCUCUGUACUGUCACAUUCAUCUUCAUCACGUACUAUAUGACCGGUCAACCACCGGAAGCUUUCCGUGUUGGACUGUUUACACUGAUCUGUCUAAUGGUCGCCUGGGUUGCGCAAGGACUCGGUCUGCUUGUUGCAUCACUAUUCGACGUGAAGAAUGGAGCUGUUUUUGGACCAUUCUUCAUCUGUCCGUUCCUGAUAUUCUCCGGGUUCUUCAUUCACCUGACGGAUGCACACCCGGUCAUGCACUGGUUGUUUCACAUCUCGUUCCUUAAGUACGCGCUGCAGGGUGCGGCUCUGGCCAUCUUCGGCUACGACCGACCCCGGAUGGACUGUGACGAGACGUACUGUCACUUUGUGUUGCCAAAGAAGUUCCUCAAGGAGAUCGACAUGCUGGAGGCGGAUUUUGUCGAGGCUGUGAUAGCGCUUAGUGUGAUAUUUUUCGUCUUUAGAGUAUCGGCCUUCUACGUGAUGCAGUACAGGAUGAAGAAUAAAAUUUAACGAAACACUGCUGGGACCAG